AUGCAAAUUGAAAUAAAAUUGAUAUUUUGUAUUCUUUUUUUUAUAUCUGAAUUCAGCGCCAGAGUUACCAAAGCGGUAGUUUCAAUAAUAUCCGAAAUUUCAAGCGCAUAUCAACCAUUGUUUGUAAUUUAUGACUUUACAUUAGUGGCUUCUACUACUUCUUCAAAUACUACAAUCAAUACUUCUGAAAAAAAAAUAAAGCAACAACAUAACAACUUUUUCUUCGACGAAAGCUUCUACCAAUUUUCACCAAUCUCUUAGGAUCAUAAUUAGAUGCCAAUCCAGCAUAUUCUAUGUAUGUAGGAUCUAAAACUAUCCCAAGUUGAAUUAUCAUUUAAUAUAUCUUAGAUUGUGAUGAAAAUAUGA